AUGUCUUCGAAAUUCAAAUUCGGUUUCUUUUUGAUUCAAUUUGUGAAUAUAAUCGUUGCGGCGUUCGGUUUAUUUGAGCAGUGCAACCAUACGCUGGACUUAAAGGCCGGCCAAAAGAUAUUGAUAAACUCACCUUUAUAUCCAAAUGCAUAUCCGGCUGGCACUUCCUGCCGUUAUACGCUAAGGGCGCCAACGGAUCAUCAAUUGAACUUCGAGUGCGAUAUCGAUAUAAAUAUGUUGAGUGAGCGUUGUUAUGAUGAGAUUUUCUACUUCAACCGUGAAGGAAGCGAACUUUUAUCCGGUUCGGAAUAUUUUUGUGGCCGCGGCAGUAUGACGAGGAGGAGCUUCCUCAAUCGCGCUGUGAUCUCGUAUAUUUCCACGCGUCCGCCGCUCCGGCUGAUGGGUAUCGGUGUGAAAGGUGUCACAAUUGCUGGCGUACAGAUGGCCACAACGCCAACAACAGCAGCAACAACUGCAGGAGCCGCAGGAGUCAGUGCAUUGAAUAGUACAGCAACAACAGUGAACUUGUUCAAUCCAUCGAAUGCGCAAAAAAAUCAAAAUAAAAACAAGAAUAGGAACAAGCGUAAAAAGAAAAAGCCAAAUGUCGCUAAUGUCACUGGGCAUCAUGGCUUAACCACAACUCCCCGCCCAUCAGUGUCAGCGGGCAUUAACAACGCUUUCGCCUAUUUGGCCACACUGCUCUCGAACAGCAUAGAGACGAGCGUUUUUAUAGCGCCAUCCACCCAAAAGAACCACACAAAUGCGAAACGCCAAAAUCAGCGGCGCAAGGCGACGCAGCCAAAGCAGCAAGCGCUAAUAACAGCAACCAACUCGGAUCCGUUGUACCUCGCGCCGCUUCCACUCUACAAAUUUGUUGGAAGGAAUGGCUCUAACCCAUUGCCGGCCGCUACAGCAACGGAUCGAAUAUCGGAAGACUAUCUCAGUGACCAUCAGUUGACCCCCACACCGGAACCCUUGGAAGAACGUGAUUACCGCAUUUUAUCAAAUUCAGCAAAUUAUGAUGGCUAUCCGGAUGGUGCGGGCAAGGGGCGCUUCUCUUGUUUGGUGGAAGCGGUUGAGUCACAGUGCGACUGCGGCUGGAGCACACAUUCACUAAAGGUGGUUAGCGCGUCAGGUGUGGCUGGUCUGAAUGAGUACUCCUCCAUGGCCGGUGUAUUAACGGUGAAUUAUGGCAAGAUCUUCUGUGGUGCGGUGAUAAUUCAUCACCGGUUUCUGCUGUCUGCCGCCCAUUGUUUUAUAUCUGCGGCCACAAGUCGUUCGGAUUUGAUAGAGGCGGUUGUCGGCGAACACGAUUUCUCAACUGUGCUCGAAUCGGUUUACACGCGUUACUACAAAAUCGACACGAUCAUACUGCACGAACACUUCCGCGCCACAGCCGAACAGGUGCGCAAUGAUAUCGCCCUCUUGCGCACAAGCCAAACGAUCGAGUGGAACCGUGGCGUCGCGCCGGCAUGCCUGCCCUUUCGUUCCAUCACCGGCACUGAUGGUGGGCGGAGGCCACCCGUGGCAGGACAGCGCGUGGAGACUGCAGGAUGGGGCAGCAUUUCGUUUGGUGGUCCGCAAUCUACGCAGCUGCUCACAGCGCGACUGGAUGUCAUUACCGCCGAGGAGUGUCGUAGCUCAUUGGGCGCGCUUCCAGUUGCCACUUUCUGCACCUACACGCCGGGCAGGGAUACGUGUCAGUAUGACUCGGGUGGUGGGCUUUAUUUGCGCGAGGGUGGACGCCUCUUUGUGGUGGGCAUUGUGAGUUAUGGCUACGGUUGUGCAGCGCGGCAACCUUCGGUGAACACGAAAGUGGCCUCACACUUACGUUGGAUUAAGGAUAAUACUGCGCCGUUGACAUAUUGCAUCAAAUAGGCGGCAAUAACGCGGAUAUCAUAUUUUAUAUUUAA